AUGCUGGACGUUGUUCUACUCUCCUGCAUCCCGAUUUUGAUUUGGUCUUAUCGGUAUUGUGCUCGUGUUGGCGUACAGCUGAGUGGUUACUACGCAGGUCGUUACCAGCUGGCAAGCCUUGAGAAGGCUCGUUGGACUCUCACUGUAAGACACCACUGCAGGAUGAGAUCAUGCCAAAAGUGGCACGUGAGACCACCGACGACAAACUUCGGAUGUCGGACCGUCUAUGCAGAGCCCCAAUAUCCAUGUAUGAAUCUAUGGAUGCCUGUCGCACAUCCCAGUGAUCAGGCUGAGCGACAUCUCUUGGCGAAUUCAAACUUGAGUUCAGCCCCAGACCAAACGGUGAGCGAUAGGUACAGAGUCAACGGACAGCGGCUCAUAAUCGUCGAUCUUAAGAUGACGGAAAGUGCUUAUCUUGGUCUUCAUCAUCGCCGACGGGCCAGCACGGACUGCUAUAUGCUCAUGUCACGCCGAUAUCUCACGACAACUGCGAUGCCGUAG